GCAACUCCAGUAUAUAGUGUGUCAGUCCCGUCGAAGAUUUUGGCCUCAAACCUACAGACUUGACGAGCGUCAGGAAAGCAGUGAGGUGUGAUGUUGCGGAAACCUACAUUGGUUGUGCUCUUCUCCUUCAUCUUACUUCCAUCAUUGUAUGCACUGAGAUGCAGUUGCAAUGAUCAAGCACCACUAAGUGAUUGUCGGUGGGAAGAAUGGACCUGCACAAUCGACACAUCCCACAGUGCAUGCUAUACCAGAAGAUCAGUGCGUGAUGACGGUUCCAUCAGGACAGAUUUAGGCUGUGUGUUUACAACCUGGAAUCCAACAUUCUGUGGCCGUGUCUCAGAGACUCAGGCUGUGUUGUGCUGUAAUGACAGUGACAUGUGCAAUCAGUAUUUCACGCCUACUUUAUUCCCUCGAGCAAUUGUCACAACAACUAAAGCACCGCAGUCAAUAUCCAAUAUCCAUACUUUUUCUUUAGUCAGAGAUACUGUCACACUAAGAGUUAGCUCUACCAUCUUGGAGCUCUCUACAUCUCAUGCACUCUCUACACUCCUGAGUACCACCACUGAAGGAACAUUCUCGGUUUCGUCUGCACCAACAAAGACACCCUCUCCUACAUCUCAACCUGGUUUUUACUCUGCUAUUGAACCAGUAAUUGGGGGAAUAUGUUGUUCCUGUGUUUUUGUCAGUGGCUCAUCUGCAAUAGGGUGUUCUCUGAAACUCUACUCUGAUGAACACACACUGCUGGUCUUCAACAUUUCUCGCGGAACAAAUGAUUAUGUACCAGUUUUAAAAUGCUUUACAGUGCAACAAACAGGGGUAUUUGGUAUGUCUGUGCAUGAAAUACAAGAGGAUGGAUCUGAAGGGCCUUCUAUGUUGCACCUUCAAGAUGUAAAGCUUGAAAUCAGACCAAUCUGUGGCAACACCAAGACUGAGAGUGCUUCAAAAUCCAGAGUAAUGACUGGACUUUCAGUUGCACUGAGUCUAGCACUGGUUAUUCUCCUACUGACUACUCUGAUCACGUGCUUCUUGCUGGUUACAAACCAGAGGGCCAGACACAAGAGAAAUAGCACAAUCACACAAAGUGAUCUCCAAGCAGUUUCACCCUCGUGUCUUGAAACUGUUGAAGAUGACAAACUAGAAACGCAAGCAGUUGUCAAAACAGUGAAGCUGUAAAGAAGAGAAGAAAGUAUUAUAGUAGUUCAUUUGCAAACUAUAGUGUAUACUCAACCCUAGGAAUUUAUUGCUGUUUCAUGUAACUGCUGACUUUGUAGAAAUUCACAUGUCCUACAGUUU